GUGUCCCUUGAACGCCACCAGGCUGACAAGACUCGAGACAGAGAGAGCGAGAGGAGAGAGAAGAAUCCCUGCUUCAACUUUCAAUUCAAGAGUUGCUUUUUGUGGGAGUGGAAUCACCAAUGCGGUAUGUGUUUGCAUGGACGAGGCAUUUAGCUCUAGCUGGAGAGAGGUAAGAGUGAGGCCGAGGGGGAGCAGAGGAGAUGUUCCUUAGCGUGCAUGGAAAGCAGAAGCAUCGGGUCGUGGUGGUGAUGGCUGCUUCGGUCGAGACGUUUCACGUCAAACCCUCCUCAGAAGAAGAGAAGACCGACACAUUAGCGGAACAGUGACAUGCAGUCAGCUUUCCAGGCUUUCUCCAGAUCCAUAUAACAGGAGCUCCGCUUGAUCUCUCCUUGCUCUGUUCCUCCAUGCUACCAUGGCCUCCACCACUGUCGAACGCCUCGCGAGGCUCCUUGCCGUUGCAGGUUGCUGCUGCCUCUUUGUGCUGGCUCAAGCCACGGACGAUGGCGGCGGAGUCGGGAUGCGAAGUGAGGAGCUUCUGGGUCUCUUCGAGGUGUUGGGUGCUCUCCUGAACGACCCAAGCUGGGCGCAGCUCCACCCACGCCCUUGCACCGAGACGCCGUGGCUGGGGAUCCAAUGCGAGAUGGUGCUCGGUGAUGGAGUUCAGGGACGGCAGCAGGAUCCUUAUCUUCAUGUCACAAAGAUUCACAUCGGCCCCGACGUCGCUUCACCGCCAUGUAAGGCCUCUGCAAAGCUCUCCGAGUCCAUGCUCAAGCUCCCUUACCUCAAGUCCCUCUCACUCUUCGGCUGCUUCCUCGUCCCGGACACGGUCUCCCUCUCUCCAUCUCUCUUCGCCAAUGCCUCCUCCUCCUUAGAGCAGCUGGUCAUCAAGUCCAACCCGGGCCUCUCCGGAGCCAUCCCACAGACCAUAGGCAGACUGCAAAACCUGAGAGUUCUCAGCCUCUCACAGAACAACCUACAUGGAGAAAUCCCAAAGGAGGUGGGAGAACUUGGGAAGCUGGAGCAGUUGGACCUCAGCUACAACCAUCUCACUGGCAUCAUCCCUGUGGGCAUUGGUGGGUUGGCUAGUUUGUCCAUCUUAGACCUCAGCUGGAACGGGCUGGAAGGGGAGAUCCCUUGGUCGGUAGGUCAGCUCCAGUCCCUCCGAAAGAUGGACCUUAGCUUCAACAAAAUCUCUGGUAGGAUUCCAACAGAUGCAAGCAAGCUACAGAGUCUGAUCUUGCUGGAUCUGAGCCACAACUCCCUGACAGGGCCAAUGCCAGAUGCACUCUCGGAUCUGAGAGAACUGCAGUACUUUCUUUUAGAGCACAAUCCUAUAGGAACAAGCAUCCCUCUCUUUCUUGGUGCCCUUAAGAACAUGGUGGUGCUUGGACUCUCAGGCUGCGGGCUCUCAGGUCCAAUACCCACGUUCUUUGGCUCUCUCACCAACCUCACCACCAUAUCCUUGGACAGGAACAGACUCAAUGGGACAAUCCCUGCCAGUUUAGAGGCAAUCCCAAACCUUGGUCAGCUCAACCUGAGCCAAAACCAGCUGAGUGGGGAGAUGGCUUUCUCUGAGGCGUUCGUGAGCAGACUUGGGGAGAGACUGGAUGUCAGGGACAACCAGGGACUGUGCAUAAACCCACUCAGACAUCGGAACCUCUCCUACUUGGAAGCUCCACCUUGCCUGUGCCCUCCUAUCAACGCUGGCGAGAGGUCAUCAUGGCCCGAGUCUCCUCCACCGGAGUCCAGUGCUGUGAGGGUGAGGCCAUCUUGGAGCCAUGGGAAGGGAAGCAUGAGCUUGGUGCUGGUGACGGUCAGGUGUUUGAUGGGUCUGUGAUGCUUAUGAUGCACUCUGCAAGAAGCUCUGUUGUGCUGUAAAUGUACUCUGCCUUCUUUUUCUUGUAUUCAUUACAAGGGAGAGGGAAGAUUUCAGUUGCCAUUGCUGCUCAAAGGACAUCUUGU